AUGGCUCCUUCCGAUCGUCUUAAUCAGGUCAACAAGCACCUCAAUUAUCCGGCCGGCAUGCUUGCCGGCCAGGUUGCCAUCAUCACUGGUGCUGGCCAGGGUAUUGGUGCCGAGGCUGCGCGGCUGUUUGCGAACGAAGGCGCCAAGGUCGUGGUCGCUGAUAUUGACAGCAACAAGGCCAACGCGGUGGCUGGCGCCAUCAAUGCCGCCGAAUCCGGCCGCGCUCUCGCUGUGGUCGGUGAUAUCACGGAUGCCAACUACAUCAAUGAACUGGUGAAACGCACUGCUGAGUUUGGCGGUGGCAAGAUUCAUAUCAUUGUGAACAACGCUGGGUUCACCUGGGACGGGGUCAUUCACAAGAUGACCGACAAGCAAUGGGAGACAAUGCUUGCUGUGCAUAACACAGCUCCCUUCCGCCUGGUACGAGCGGUGGCGCCCUACUUCCGUGUCAAGGACCAGGAGCCGCGGGUAAUUAUCAAUAUCAGCAGUACGAGUGGCAUUCAUGGCAAUGCUGGACAGGCCAACUACGCCGUCGGCAAAGCUGGUGUCGUUGGCCUUACCCGCACUAUCGCAAAGGAAUGGGGCCCUGCUUUCGGCGUUCGCUCUAAUACCAUCGCUUUCGGCUAUGUGACCACUCGCCUGACAGCCGCCAAGGAAGCAGGCGCCUUCAUCACUGCCCCUGACGGUACCAAGGUUGCGCUGGGAAUCCCUGGCAAGCAGCUAGCCACCAAGCAAGGCGACGCAGAUGCCAACACUUUCCCGGAUAUUCCCCUCCGGCGCCCAGCGAGCCCCGAGGAAGCAGCGCGGUCAAUUCUGGGCGUAGUCAGCCCAUACUUCUCCUACGUGAAUGGAGAGACCAUUCGCGUGACUGGAGGCCGCAAUAUGUGA